UUGUCAAGCAAGUGGAGUUGGAGUAGGUGAAUAAUAUUAGAAAUAAUAACAAAUUUGAUAUUCUGAACGUGUACAACAAAUGAGAAGAUCCUAAUUACCACCCAGCAACCAACCAUAUCUAUUUUUAGUUCACAAAUACCAUAAGCGCAGCACGAUGGCUGAGUUAGCGGCUUUGCUGCAAACGGAGAUCCCUGAGGGACGCAACCACUUGACGGACAGCCACACUAACUUGGAGCGUGUGGCGGAGUACUGUGAAGCAAACUAUUUUCAAUCCGAGAAUAAGCGGCUUGCUUUGGAAAGCACCAAAAACUACACAACACAGUCCCUGGCUAGUGUAGCUUACCAGAUAAACACGUUAGCUUACAAUUUCCUGCAGUUAUUAGAGUUGCAAACCAUGCAACUGGCAGAAAUGGAAGGACAGAUGAAUCAUAUUGCCCAAACAGUGGCUAUUCAUAAAGAGAAGGUGGCCAGGAGGGAGAUUGGAGUGUUGACUGCUAAUAAAGUCACUAACAGACAGUAUAAGAUCAUUGCCCCGGCUAAUCCAGAGAAACCUAUUAAGUAUGUGAGGAAGAGCAUUGAUUACACAGCUCUGGAUGACAUUGGACACGGCGCUCGCUGGAACAGUGCGGGCACGCCGCGGGCGCGCCGCUCGGCCGCACCGGUCCAGCCGCUGCCCGCGCCCACCACCAAGCCCCCGACACCCCCCGCCGCUCGCGCGCAACAGCCCAACACCGGCACACUGGGGCGGGGCACACUCGGCAAAUCGUCGCGCGAGUACCGCACGCCGCCCGCGGUGGCGCCCCCGCAGGUGCCGUCGCACUACGCGCCCAACUACCCGCGCCGCCCGCCCGGGUAUUCCACACUGCCGGUCGCUCAACCACAGGUUGGCAUGGUUCACCCGAACCAGCAUCAGUCGCCCUCGAACUAUUCUCAGCAGGACAUGCAUUCCAGUAUGCCACCACCGCCGUCUCCACUGAUCGGGUCAGACGGAGAACACAGCCAGCAUUCCAUGAGUCUUCCUGGACAGCGCGGGUCGGGGUCGCUGGGCACUCGCGGCGGCUCGGUGUCGCCGCCGCUGCCGCCGCCGCCGCUCGACGACGAGCUCGCGCACGACGCCUUCGGCCGCCAGCACCACCUUAACAAUAAGCUUGGUCCACAUUCACAGUACACGAAUGCCGUGCCCGCUAUCGUGCCGGACGAGGAAGACUUGCCGGGGUGGGUGCCCAAGAACUACAUCGAAAAAGUGGUGGCGAUCUACGACUACUACGCGGACAAGGAGGAUGAGCUCUCCUUCCAAGAGAGCGCCGUCAUCUACGUGCUGAAGAAGAACGACGACGGCUGGUGGGAGGGCGUCAUGGACGGCGUCACCGGCCUCUUCCCCGGCAACUACGUCGAGCCCUGCGUCUAACUAGUUUAUUUUACUGUCUAGCUCUGGCAUAUAGUUGCAGCCUGCUCUUGCAGCGUUAGUCUAAGUUUUCCGUCUUAUGACCGCGACUGUGUAGUGACUACAUUAAGCACGAUGCCUGGUGGAGCGGGACUGUUUCCUGGCAACUACGUCGAGCUCUGCGUCUAACAAGGUUAUAUUACUGUCUAGCUCUGGCAUAUAGUUGCAGCCUGCUCUUGCAGUGUUAGUCUAAGUUUUCCGUCUUAUGACCGCGAUUGUGUAAUGACUACAUUAAGCACGAUGCCUGGUGGGAGCGGGACUGUUUCCUGGCAACUACGUCGAGCCCUGCGUCUAACUAGUUUAUAUUACUGUCUAGCUCUGGCAUAUAGUUGCAGCCUGCUCUUGCAGCGUUCGUUUAAGAAGUUUUCCUUCUUAUGACCGCGGCUGUGUAGUGACUACAAUCAUUAAGCACGAUGCCUGGUGGAGCGGGACUGUUUCCUGGGAACUACGUCCUCUGCGUCUAAUAAGUCUAAGCCAUCCCUUUAAUAGUUUUUUGUACUGUCUAGCUCUGGCCGGUAGCUGCCUCCUGCUCGUGUAGGGAAGCAGGCCCGUAAUAAUCGGUUGCUCAUCCCCGAUCUUCAUCAAUCUUAUUGUGACGGGAUAAGGUCCAUUGUUGGGAAGCUGUAUAAGUGGCUUCAGUUCAUUACUAAACUAAACGCAAUGUAAAUCCGCCGCAAUACUCUUUGAGCAAAAAUUGUCCUCCUUCCUUCGCCAAUCAUAAUUAAGUUUUAUGUAUGCGUAGAUAACUCUUGUAUUAUUUGGUAUUGAUAAUUUAUAACUUUAACUUACCUUUUAAAUACGCUAUGGUUUAUAAAGGGGAUUUCUAGUACGAUAAAUGAAGUUACACAAUGAAUUGCUACCUAUCCUCCCUCCCAUUAGUAGCAAGAAAACCGGAGUUAGUGGUAUUGCUACUGCCAUUCUCAAUUAACUCAAUAAUUUUGUACAAAAAUUAAGUUGACAAUACCUGCCCUUUUGUCAUCGACUUAUCGAUAAUAGCUAUGUUUAAAUGG